CCAACAGCAACACCGGUAACACCAACAUCUCGACAGCUGUCAACACCAACUGAACCGGGGAAUGGACAAACUAACGUUACUGAGUUGAUCGCUAAGUUACUCGUGGGCUAUGAUAAAAGGCUUCGUCCAAACUUUGGAGGUAAGUAAGAAAAUGUAGUGCUUUCGGUCUUUUUGAUUCUAUGAGUUACUCAGAAAGGAAAGAUUGAAAACCUCUAAGAUACUUGGCACGAUUUAAGUUCCAAGAGGAUCUGAAAUGGAAAAGUAAAAUUAUCUAAAAAAUGUCGGGUUGUUAUAACGCUCUUUCUCUAAUUAGGAAACUUAAGAGGUUUUCUCUCUGCAUUCACGGUUAGGAAACAACUAGCCGAAAGUCUCGUACUUUCUAACUAUAUUAUAACGACACACCACCUUCCUAAUUACCUCAUUCGUCGCUUAGAGCGUGUCCAGAUCGCAGCCGCCAGUUUUGUUCUUAAUCGUUAUGCGACCAUGUACAUGCUGGCUACCCGUCACCUAUAACAUGGAGCUCGACUUCUCCAGAAAGGUAUUCAAAGCCCUUGAUAAUGAAGACUGACCACCGUACCUCCGGCUCGAGGUACGAGAACCGGCGGAAUUUAAAUUAAAUCUUGCUGUUCCAAAACACUCAGGUGCCUUCCAAGACAGUACCACGCCUCUUUCAACAACCCCCCCAAGACCAUUAAAACUUGCACGGCGAGAGCCAACUUCGUACGCAAAUGCAAAGAGAUUUAAAAGUAUCCCUUUUCAAAUCUAGCCUGUGACCCUCUUUUUAUGUAAACGGAUAUAUUUUCCCUUUCAGAGUUCUACCCAUUGUUCAAAUUUUUUAGUUAGUGUUAAUAAUUAAUAAUUAUUAUUAUUUAUCAUUUUUAUUGUUAUAUAAGUGAUAUAAGUUUUUUGCUUACAUAGCAUUCUCCUAGCUACAAGGAAAGCUACAGUAGGGUAGAAUGCUCGCGUUCAAUAUCAGUGUAGGAAAAGGUUUGCAAGAACAACUAAUUAUAAGAGCACCUCAGGGCCUCCAGUUCCGGAAGUAUUUGAAUUCGUUGCCUCUCAUUGGACAUGGAUUACAUGUCUGUUUUCUCGUUCGUUUGAUUCAUUCAAUAAGCCAGAGUCAAUCACUACUAUCAAAGUAUGUUGAACAACAACUUGACAAUCGCUCAAUCACUUCUUCCAUCGUUUUAGUCAAUGAAUCGAUCAGCCAGUCUGCAGUGAGCCAAUGAACCAAUCAAUCAAACAUGCAAUCAGUCGACAUUGAAGCAAAAAACAAAAUUAAUUAUAUCCGUUUGUUUUGCCGCAGGUGAACCUGUGAAUGUGUCUGUGUCUGUUUUCGUCGAGUUCAUCGGAGAUAUUGACGAAAUCAACAUGGUAUGUUUGUUAUGUUAUUAUGUCGAGGACUCUUAGUCAGUUUAUAUAUCGCAAUACCAUAAAAUUUACCAACACAAGAGCGCGCAAGCCAUUAGAGAUCAAUUAUUUCAAAAGUAUAAAACUUGUUGCUAGUGCGUUUUUGAGUCAUAUAAGCACUUGCGAGUUUUUCAAGACACGCGAGAAGUACAAAUUUCCUGGGGAUGAUGUCUCACUUACCAACCCCGUGUCGUGUUUUGGAAAGGACGGCGUCAUUGCUUAUUCAACCCAACUAUUCACUCAGGACGCUUUUUUUUUGUGAUCGAAAUAUCAUAAAAAAUAAAAAAAGAAAUAUCCAGAUUCUUAUCCCUAGAAGCCAUUGAACAAAUUGGGUUCUUUUUCAUUUAUUUGAACAGGAAUUUACCACAAUCAUGUACUUUCGUCAGUACUGGAUGGACAAACGUCUGCAAUAUAACAAUACAGGAUACUCCAAGAGACUUGCCUUCAAUCCACAAAUGCUCAAAUUUAUCUGGGUACCCGACACUCACUUCCCUGGCAUCAAGGAUGGUCUCAAACACGAUAUCACGGAUACUAAUGAGGUGAUCCGAUUAUGGCCAAAUGGAUCCGUGCUGUACAGUAUGCGGUGAGUGAGGACUGGAUAUGAGCAUUUGUUUUCCCGAGGGGGAGAGGUUACUUGGGUUAAUUUUUGCAGAGUGUGUGCCGCUGGCCUCUCAGAACCCCUACCCUAUUAUAGUCUAUUCUGUAGCCAAAUAUAGACCCCAUCUUGGUCACUUUUGGGAAAAUGUAAUUUUCACGAUCCCAACUUGGUAACUUUUUGUUCAUGCAUGCACCUUAUAAAUCCCUUUAACUAGGUCAUCCUGAAAUGACUUGACACAUUAUUUAAACUCAAUGUAGUAAAAAUCUUCCCAUGCAUUUUUGAAUCCCUACCUACUUCAAUUUUCUGAUCCCCCAAAUCCCGAAAACAUGCGUUCCCAUUCUAGUAACUCUGAUAAAAUUGCAACCCAACUCGUGAAAAUGCGACCUCAUCCAGCGGCACAUCCCCAUUAGCCUGUUAGUAGGAAGUACCCCCCGGGAUUUAUUCAUGGGGUGAAGAUUAAUGGACAUUGGAAGUUCUUUUUUUUGCGUUUCA